GUUUCUUAUGUCAAAAAUAAGUUUGACUGCAGUCUAAAGUAACAAGAAAUUUCUGAUAUCAGUUGUGCAAUGUUUCAUUAAAUUAAUAAAUAGUACCGAAUAGUAAUAAAAGAUAAAUGUAAAAAUGGCUAGCAUUGAAUUAGAUAUAUGGAAAGGAGAAUGGGGACUUGCGUCUAUAGAUUUAGAAUGCCUUAAAGUUCUGACUUAUAUGAAGUUUAUCGGAUUACCAGUUAAAGUUCGGGAAUCAAGCAAUCCAUUUUUCACGCCAAAAGGAGCCUUGCCAGUCAUGAAAGAUGGUAGAACUGUUCUUACAAAUUUUGAAGAAGUAGUCCAAUACCUUAAGUCAUUGCAUUAUAGCACAGAUGUUCAUUUAAAUUCAAACCAGUCGGCUGAAGCUAGUGCAUUUACUCAAUAUUUAAGGGAUAAGUUGUAUCCAGCAUAUCAGUUUACUUGGUGGGUUGAUGAAAAGAAUUAUGGAGAUAUAACACGACCCGCAUAUGCCAAAGCUCUAAAAUUACCAUUUAAUUUUUACUACCCAUCAAAAUAUCAAAAGGCAGCUAAAGAUAUGGUUGAUGCAUUGUACGGUGAAAACACUGAUUUAAAGGAAAUUGAAAAAACAAUAUACAAUGAAGCAGAGAAGUGUCUUAAGACACUCUCAGAUAGACUCGGUGAGAGUGAAUAUUUCUUUGGCAACCGGCCUUCUUCUUUUGAUGCUAUAGUGUUUGCUUACCUCGCACCCCUCAUAAAGACUCCCUUCCCCAAUGCAACUUUGUCUAGUCAUGUGAAGGGUAUAGCAAAUUUAAGUAGAUUUGUGGCUAGAAUCAGCCAGAAAAAUUUUAGAUCUGUCGCGGAUGAGUACAAGAAGUCAUCGACUCGUGUGUCCGGCGUUCAGACCUCCGGCGAGGCUCAGUUCCCAAACGCCACUCGUAACAAGUUGUUGGCGGGACUGUUCGCGACGCUGGCUAUGACGGGAUACGCCCUCGCCACAGGAAUGUUCCAGGACAUGAAAGAUUACGAGCACUCACAAGAAUACAACGACAUGUUCGAAAACGAAGAAGACAAUUGACUGAUGACAGCACGCCGUUUUGUAUUUUUUGUUUAUUGGAAUAGAGUUCAGUUUUAAAUGUAGGUAGCUCGGGUCAUAACAGACAGGCGAUUUUCGUUAUAUUUCGAUAAUUUUGUUUAAGUUUUUCAUACAUUUGAAAUAAAAAUUGAAAUAUGUUUUAGUGAAUAGCUCUUUUUUUAAUUUAUUCAAAAUUUUGAAGCAAAAAUGGAGAGAUGUUCUUCAAAGGGAUCACAGAUUUUUAUUUUGUCAGCAUUUCGAGAUUCAUAUGUAUGUUCUUGAACAGAUGCAUUUUUCAUGGCAUUUAAUUAUAUUUGCUGUUUAUGUAUUAAUAACGGUUUUAAAGUUUCUAAUUCCAAAGAAAAUAUUUGUUUUGCUCAGUGUGCGCAUUAGUGUGAAAAAAAAAUGUUUAAAAGACGUUAUUUACCUGUACAUAAAGUGUAAGCGGUAGUUAGUAGUGCUUCGGUAGCGGUUGUGUUCAACGAGGAGAUGUUUGUUUUAACAUAUUAGAUGGCAUUAAUAAAUAUUUGUUAACAC